GACCUUUAAAGCCCUCUCUGCCCAUUGGCCAUUAAAACCCAAAAACCAAGGACCUCAGCUCAUUGUCCAUUCCUGAAAAAAUGUGCAAUUGGGGUAAUGCCACUCAGGUCCAAGGAGUGGAAUGCAGCAAUAAACAAAAUGACCCAGAAGCAGAUGCCCAAACCAUCCCCAUGAAAAGGCUCAGAGACACCAUUAUCAACCUAGCAAGCUCCAAACGAGGACACCCAGUGUCAAUGGAGGCAACCAAGCGCAUUGAAGCUCUCCUUCACCAAAUCUUUCCUGUAUUCAAAACCCCAGAUCACCCUCCUUAUUCACAGAUGAUAUACAAAGCUAUUGAAGCAUUGGAUGAAGGUGAAGGUUCAAGCAAAGCAUCAAUAUCAGCCUUCAUUAAGUCAAACUACCAUGACUUGCCAUGGGCUCAUGAGAGUUUCCUCACUUGCCAUCUUACCAAGCUGAUUGAGAAAGAUGAAAUCUUUUUGGCUCAUAGCAGCAGUUGCAACAUGUUCCGGAUGCGAAAACAUAAAGAGCCUGCAAAUCAACAACAUGAAAAAGAAGGUGAUGAUGGGUCUGAGAUUUCGUCGAUCAAGCCUCUUACUACUGUGAUGGUUCGGCUGAAGAAGAGUGGGAGGCCUUCGAAACCGAAAGAAAGAAAGCGGAGAGGGAGACCACCGAAGAAAGAAGCAGUGAUGAAGAGAGGAGGAGAGGAGAGCCGAAGAGGGCAAGGCGUGGUGGUGGUGGCUCCUUGUCCUCCGGUCAUGCCUUCCAUCCUUGCAUGAACACGAGAUUACUAUUGUUGCGUGUGUGAACUGUGUCCACUGUCCACUUCUUUUUUGUCUUUAUUUGUUUUUUGUUUUUACUUUUUAUGACCAGAAGUUCUCUUUUCUGUUUCACAACUUGAUGAAGUAAAUUGUCAUUAAUGGGCAAUAAAAGGAGAGAGCGAAGCCCAUGGAAAAGUGGUUAUCCAUUCUCACAACUUGCCAUAUGAUAAGUUGAAAAUUUGAGUUCAUUAAUUUAAUCAUAUGUUAUAUAUGUUAUAGGAAAAUUUGUAGGGAGUCUCGGAAUAUGAUAAAAUGGUACCUUUUCUUCUCACAUUUAUAGCAGACCCUGUUAUGAAUUUAAUGAGUAGACCCUGUCAUAAAUGUGAGAGGAUGGAGUACCAUUCUCCAUGCUCCGGGAAUACCUAAAAAUUACUCUAUGUUGUAAAACAAUAUACAGUGU